CUCUCUCUCUCGCUCGCUCUCACUCUCCCUCUCUCUCUCCCUCUCUCUUUCUCUCUCUCUUUCUCUCUCUAUCCCUCUGCUUUUACUCGGCUGCGGUCUUGGGAAGUGAACAUGUGAAACUACAGUAACUCUCAGGUGCACAGCAGAGCGUCAGUCCACUGUCCUCUCCCCUCUCAUCCACCGCCGCUGCUGUUACCAGACACACAAAAAACUAGAGCGGGGGAAAGCUCACGACUCAAUACCGACCACAACAACCAACCGUCUGACCUCCAUACACGUUUACAGAUUUGUGAGAAGAGGAAAUCUCCUGCUCCGAUCUGAAAACCUACUGAGUGAACGGGACGUGCGUGCAGCACAGCUACACAGGAACUCUUAAUAAAUGAGCUGAAGUGUCAAAAGGAUUUCUCCUUCUCUUCGGUCUCCGGGUUUCCUCUUGUUGGCGUGCAGGAAUGAUGCGUACUUCACUGGACUUAUAAUCGACCAGCGAAUUUACAGGCUGAUAAAACACUUUGUCAGUCCUUCUUUUUCUUCUUUUCUUCACUGCGACCCAGUGAGAAACCUGCGAAACAUCACUGUAGCGCAGUGGUGAUGGACCCUCGUUUUGACAUCUUGGUGAUGCAUGCCUUUGAAGAGUCAUCCUGCUUUUGCCUCCCUGCCUCUGUGAAAUGCGUUACUACUUUUACUCACAAUUCCCACUCGUGUGACUUUUUAAAAGAGCGACAGAUGCUCGAAAUGUUUCUCUGUCAGUGUGCAUGAGAGAUGGCGACCAAACCGCACCAAGUCCAACAGUGGUCAUCAGCACGUUUGCACCUGUUCGGGUGGAUAAUGGUAGUUUAUGCCACAGGUGAAUGAAUAUCGGCUCAGUUUCUGUUCACAGCGAGUGUCUUGAAUCUGCUUGGAGCUUGUUGCACAGUGACAAUGGAUCUCAAAGUAGAAACUGAAGAAAUGGACUCAAAUCAACCUCCACCCAUAGAAGUUUUUGCGCACAGCUCGACCCUGCACGGAAUCUCUCACAUCUUCACAUACGAGCGGUUCUGCAUCAAACGCUGCCUGUGGGUCGUGUUUUUCUUGGGCUCCCUGACCUUCUUGCUGUACGUGUGCGUGGACCGGAUCCACUUCUACCUCGAGUACCCGCACAUCACCAAACUGGACGAGGUCACGACCCCGAUCAUGACGUUCCCCGCGGUCACUUUUUGCAACCUGAACGCGUUCCGCUUCAGUCGGGUGACGCGCAAUGACCUGUACCACGCAGGGGAGCUGCUGGCCCUGCUCAACCAGAGGUAUGAGAUCAGGGACAUUCACCUUGUGGAGGAGAGCGUUCUGGAGAGCCUGAAGGUCAAAGCUGACUUCCACAAUUUCAAACCGCGACCCUUCAACAUGCGGGAAUUUUAUGACCGCACCGGUCACGACAUCAACGAUAUGUUGCUCUCCUGCCACUUUCAUGGCACUGAAUGCAGAGCAGAAGACUUCAAAGUGGUCUUCACUCGCUAUGGGAAGUGUUAUACCUUUAACGCAGGUGGUGAUGGACGCCCUCCCCUCAUCACCACCAAGGGAGGUAUGGGUAAUGGACUUGAGCUUAUGCUGGAUAUUCAGCAGGAUGAAUAUCUGCCAGUCUGGGGAGAAACAGAUGAGACAUCGUUUGAAGCUGGGGUCAAAGUUCAGAUCCACAGUCAGGACGAGCCGUCUUUCAUCGACCAGCUCGGGUUCGGAGUGGCACCUGGGUUCCAGACAUUUGUUUCCUGCCAAGAACAAAGGCUGAUAUAUCUUCCCCCACCCUGGGGAGACUGUAAGGUGACGCCCAUGGACUCAGACUUCUUUGAUAGUUACAGCAUCACAGCCUGCCGCAUUGACUGUGAAACACGCUACCUGGUGGACAACUGCAACUGCCGCAUGGUGCACAUGCCUGGCGAUGCACCGUACUGCACCCCCGAGCUGUACAAAGAAUGUGCUGACCCAGCUCUUGAUUUCCUGGUGGAGAGAGACAAUGAUUUCUGUGUUUGUGAGACACCGUGCAACAUGACCAGAUACAGCAAAGAGCUGUCCUUUGUCAAGAUCCCCAGCAAGGCUUCUGCUAAAUAUCUCGCAAAGAAAUACAACAAAUCUGAGCAGUAUAUUAAGGAGAACAUCCUGGUUUUAGACAUCUUUUUUGAGGCUCUCAACUAUGAGACUAUUGAACAAAAGAAGGCUUAUGAAGUGGCUGGACUUUUAGGCGAUAUUGGUGGUCAGAUGGGACUUUUUAUUGGGGCAAGCAUACUCACUAUUCUGGAGCUAUUUGACUACCUUUAUGAGGUGAUAAAGUACAAGCUAUGUCGCUGCUCCGAUAAGAAGCACAAGCACAACAACAACAACGACCAGGGAACAGUCCUGAGCUUAGAUGAUGUCAAGUGUCACGUCAGUAACUUUCACUAGGCGUCUGCAGCUGUGAGGAAGAGGCACUCUCUUGUCUCUGAGCGGUUUCAUGAACUUUGUUCAUUGCAGUUUGCUGGAGCAGACUUCUGGAGCAACAGAGAAAGUGUCUGAACUGUGCCUGGGGAGGGUUUGUGAGCAAUGAGGUGAAAACAAUAAUGUGGCUAAAGUAAAGAGACGGCCACGCAGACGUUUUGAAUUGAUCAUCUUGUGAUCAAUUCAAAACUGUUAGAAUAACUGCAUGGUCAUCUGUAAACAGCUUUUAAAGACAUAGUAACAGAUACAGUAAAUGGGGGCAUGAACUGUUUAUGUUCAUGUCAUGUGUUCAGUUAAUCAGCAUUAGAAAUCCCAGCUGUGUAGUGGUCUUUGUCAUCCGUCAGUUUUUCUUUGCAAAAUAAUUAAUGUGAUGGAUUUUUUUUUUUUUACAAAAUGUCAUUUGGUUUGUUUACAAAUGUGCAUGACAGCAUUGUAUAUGUUUUUCACUUUCAACAUAACGAUUUAUUUUACAGAUUCAUAAAUUCCACUUUAUUUCAAAAUAAUCUCUAAGAGUUUUCCUGGAAAUAGCUAAAUAAUUUGAUACUAAGGUGAGUUCAAAUUAAUUUCUUCGUUAUUUCUAAAUGUUAAGCUAGCACAACCUUGAUAUUGUUAUACAGAGGACAGCAGGUGAGCUGAGCAUGCAAAAUGUGAAAUGUCUUUACAAACAAACAUGUAAUUCAUUGUAAACUGAGGAAAAAGUUUCUUAUAGUAAAUUAAUGAGUAGUAAAUAUUCACUGGGGUUUAAAUUGAGGAGGUCAAUUAUGAACUAAACACAACAAACUGACUAAAAUGAAAAAAAAAAAAAAAACUAAAAUUUUCCUGUAACUAAACACCAUGGUUCUUUCCAGCAAGCUUUCAAGAAAUUAUUAUAGUGGAUCUGUAAAACAAAGAGUUUUCAAUUCAGUAUAAUUUUUACAAGACUUUUCCAUUUUCACCAAAUUUCCAUUUUUAUAUUCAUGUCAUUCAGCAUCAUCUCAAGACAGUCUUCCCUUGUUAAACCCUGUGCAUUUUGCCAAUAAACUGUACUACCUCAUCUUGCAGGGUGACAGCGCUAUGAAGACUUUACGAGCCAAACAAAUUAAUAACAAAGGGUAAUUUUCAUGUAUAGAAAUGUAAGUAGAACAGGUUUUUUAAAAAAAAAAAAGUGUAAUUCUAGCAAAACUACGCAACAUUGGCCGAGCAGCAGUCACAGUCAUGUCAUAGUAGAAAAAGUUCAGGUGUUAGUAAUAAAAUUAAUGUUGGUUGAAUUCCAAUUAGCUGCUUCAUUUUCAGGUCCUGGUAUUGUUUAUGCUUACUCUGAUAGGACAGAGCUAUAGUUCAUGUUAUUAGUUACACCUGUGCUUUUCCUGCGAUGAUAAGUCUAAAUGUUUGCUGUGAAAAAUGCCAAAAUUAUGAGACAACUACAAGAUAAUGGUAAAUGCUAAUGUCCAUUUUGAAGCAAUACUUAACUUAAGUUGGCUAACAUUAGCUAACAUUAGCCUAUAUAAGCUACCAAAAGGCUAAGGCUGUAGCAUCAAGAUCCCUGAAUGUAUUGAACUGAACUAAGAACAGUCUGACAUUUUGGGAAAUACACAAAUGAGAGAUCAAUGCCAUUUUCAUGUCUGUCAGUUAAGUAUAAGGCUACAGCUAGCAGCAGCUAGCUUAGCAUAAAGACUGGAAACAGGGUGGAACUUGCUAGCCCAUAUCUCAAAUGUUAACAAAACCUUUAUAGCACCACCUCUAAAGCUAAUUAAAAUACUACUUAAAAUACUAUUAUAAUUUUUUUGUACUUGGUACUUUGUACCAAGUUGUACAAACAACAAUUUGCUGUUAUGCGGCUGAUUUCUUCCUGUAGUUUUUACACUCAGGUUUUACUGGGAUUAAACAAAUGAGACAAAACAUUUGAAUUUGUGCCAAGCUGUUUCUAGGCUUUGUGCUAAAAUAAUCUGCUGCUAUAUAUGUAGCUUUACUGCACAGAUAUGAGAAUAUCAGUCUUCCGUUGAACCUAAUUUGAGGAACAUGCAGGAAUUGAGUUAAACCAGCUAUAUACCAUGACAUAGAGAUGGAUCCACAGCAACAAAAUUUAAUGUACACAAACCAGAUUAUGAAUAAAUAUUUCAGUUCUUCGCCAUGUCAACCUGGUGCUACAUACUGUAUAAUUUGCCUUCAAGUUCCCUGACAAUCACUGUAUAGUUUAGAACUCAAAAGAAUUAAAAAUAUAAAGAAAUAUUUCCUGGCAAGAACAAGGGAAUGUCAUACAUUUUUACAUAUAGGCUACUGAUGUAUGUAGAUGCUGUUCAAAACAUCUAAGGGACUUUACAUUCAGGUGAGUUAACCUGGAAAGGUAAAAUUAAUGAGAAUUAAUAUGUUGAAUGUGUUUUUCCAUCUUCUAGGGCUCUAACUUGCAUGUAGCACUGUACAGUAGGCAUCUUAAAUGUGGUCCAUCGAUGAACUGAUAAUCUGCACGUCCAACUGCAGUUUGUGUCCUUCAUCUGUCUGUGUGUUUGGUUGUAUAUUGUGAGCAUGUAUUUAUUUGUGUGUGUGUGUGUGUGUGUGUGUGUGUGUGUGUGUGUGUGUGUGUGUGUGUGUGUGUGUGUGUGUGUGUGUGUGUGUGUGUGUGUGUGUUGUCAACGUUACCCAACAUCUGGGCCAAAUUCAGAAGCUGAUAAAAGAAAAAUUGAGAUGAGAUCCUGCCCUCAUGUCUGUUAUCAGUCAGACCAACAAACCAUCUUCAAGCAUUCUUUUGGAGUUAACUGCUUUCAUUCCCAUGGAGCCCUGUGGUAUUGUCAGCAGGAAAUGGGAACUGUAUAUCAUGUAGCUGCGUAGUGUUGUUCAAGCACAAUCAUACCAUCAGUUGUAAUUUAAUGUAUAUAUUGCAAUGACUAUGGAUAAUAAUCUUAGUGUAUUAGCAUAGUCUUAUCUGUCUAAUGUUGUACUUGUUAUAUUUAUUUAAUAUAGACUAGGUGUGUAACUCAAUUCAGUUUUUGUGUACAUAUGAUUGUAGAUGGUUUAUUUCUUAAAAGUAUAUUUAUCAAAGACAAUAUUCAAUAUUAAGCUAUUUCUUUUUUUCUUUGUACUGCUACAGUCACAGCUAAUUAUACUGUAUUCAUCAGUAAAUGAAAUUGAACAGCAGGAUUGUUGUUUUCUAGCAUCCACUGCAUGAGGUCAUGCAUCUCAAAACAAGUCCUCUGGCCGCCAUGCUUCCAGAUUUUGUUAUACAUAUGCCUCCAUUUUUAAUUUUCCAUUUUUAUUUGAGAUAUGAAAAGGAUGAUUAUUUUAGUCUGGUGAUGUGUAGUUAAAUACUGAUCUUGAACCAGUUGUAAUAUGAAAGAUUAAAUGCUAACUUUACGCAGCUUUUAUUCA